AUUGGAUGAAAAAUAUAGUCUAUGAAUAUUCAAAUCUUUAGACAUUUAUGAAAUUGUGACCUAUUUGCCUAAUUUUCUAUCUUCCCAUUUCCUAUCUAUCUUAGACCUUAUUUGUCUAAUUAAAAGUUUGUCUCAAUUAGUCAUACUCACAAUUUUAAAUUGGUUGAAUUUUAUUAUUUUUACUUUUUAUUGUAUUAUUUUUCUCUUUCAAAUAAACUCAUAUUCUCGAUGCAAUUAUGAAAUAUUUGAUAAACAAGAUCAAACGUAAUCAAAUGUGUUUCAGUCCAUCAAAAUUGAAUCUACUUUUCCUAUUAAAUGUGUGUUGUUGCGUAAUUUAUAAAAUUCAAAAUUUUGUUGUUAAAUAUUUUAAUUAAAAUUAUAUAUAUAUAUAUAUUAAAGCUUUUAUUUUAAUUUAUUUUUCUUAUAUUUGGAAAUUGUUGAUCCAAUCGGCCGGAACAUUUCGUCGUUUUUGAAAAUGGAGAGCAUAGGAGUUGCAAUGACCACUCAGAUGUUCACUUAUCUUGAACAAAACCUCGAGGGACGAUUCAAUCUCUUCAAGCUUUGGAACCAUCCUCUCGACUCCGAUUUCCUUCAACUGAACGCUCAAUCAGUCAGAGCAGUAGUCGGCUGCACCAAGUCCGGCGCCGACGCUCGUUUGAUUGAUACCUUCCCCAAUUUGGAAAUCGUUGCUACCUUUAGCGUCGGACUGGACAAGAUUGAUUUGCCCAAAUGUUUGGAGAAGGGGAUAAGGGUGGUCAAUACACCCGACGUAUUGACUGACGAUGUCGCCGACGCUGCGAUUGGACUGGCCAUGGCGGUUUUGAGGAGGAUUUCUGAGUCUGAUCGGUUCGUUAGAAGUGGGUCUUGGAUGAAAAACGACUUCGGAUUGGGGACGAGGUUCAAUGGUAAGUCAGUUGGCAUUAUUGGGUUGGGAAGAAUUGGUUCAGCCAUUGCCAAAAGAGCAGUAGCAUUCGGUUGCCCCAUCGGUUAUUUCUCAAGGACUGAAAAGCAUCACAGGGGUUACAAAUACUUUCCCAGCGUCUUAGACUUGGCUGCAAAUUCCCAGAUUCUGUUUGUGUCAUGCACUCUGACUGAAGAAACUAAGCACAUUGUCAAUAGAGAAGUAAUUGAUGCAUUAGGACCAAAUGGCAUUCUUAUCAAUGUUGGACGAGGUGCCCAUGUCAAUGAAACUGAGCUAGUCUCAGCACUACUUGAACGACGUUUAGGUGGGGCAGGACUAGAUGUAUUUGAAAAUGAGCCCCACGUUCCUGAACAAUUGCUUGAGCUUAAUAAUGUAGUUCUUCUGCCUCAUGUCGGAACAGAUACCAUUGAGACCAGCAUCGCAAUGGCGGACCUUGUGAUUAGGAACUUGGAGGCACAUUUCAGGAAUGAGCCUCUGAUUACUCCUGUGAUUUGAUUUUGCUAUACUUUUAGAGAUUUCCUGAUAGUCAUUGAAACUUUUGAGCUAGGGUGUUAAUCUUAUUGGUGUUUUAUGAUCUCUCAUGUUUUCGAGAAAGAUCGUUGUCAUGCAUUCUUUGGUGGAUGAAAAAUAUGUCCAUUUCUCAUUCAAGCUGGCCCCUUAUUUAGAGGCGGUCUUGUUAGGGGUUUCAAUUUGUAAAUAUGAUUCCAAUUGACAAGUCUUGGACAAUUUGUGACCAUUUCAAUCAACAAGGAGAUUUUCCGUAAA